AUGCGUCCUAACCAAGCUGGAUUUAGACUGGGACGUGGUUGUGCUGAUUCAGAUAAUUACGUUAAGAAGAGUGCUGGAACAUCCUUCAAAUACCAGCAAUCCACCGUUAUCACUUUAUUUAUCGAUUUUGCAACUGCCUUCGAUUCAAUUGAUAGAGCAGUACUCUGGAAAGUGAUGGAAUAUGACGAUAUGCCAGAGACGAUCAUUCGACUCAUAAAGGCAUUUUAUUAG